ACUUGACAUUUUCAGUACGACACGUCAGUUUUGCACAGAAUCGUUUCAAAAUGGUUAACCACACAUUUGAUGAUACUAACACACAUGAAAUAUUUCCCUUCGAAAUUAAGAACGACAAUGGAACCAUGUCGAAUAAAUUCCCAGAAAUUAAGGAUCGCCAUGUUUUCGUGGGUCCCAAAAAUUACUGUUUCGCUGCAUCGUACAAAGACGUGGCUUCAAAACUCUACAAUUUUGAAGCCCGACCAGACGACGUGUGGAUUCUAGGUUUUCCACGAUCAGGGACAACCUUAACAUCCGAGCUAGUGUGGCUUUUGGGCAAUAAUCUCGAUUAUCAAAAAGCGUCAGAAACGGUGAUGGACCUUCGAUUCCCGGUCCUAGAAGGUGCCGCCUAUUUCUGCCAGGACUACGAACGAAUCACCGCCCAGCGCCAAUUGUACAAAGGCGAAACCGCCGAAAUCGCCGAAAAAUUAUCGAAACCGGCUUGGGAAAGCCUGUCGGAAACUCGCGAAAAGCGCUUUAUCAAGACACAUCUACCCCUCAGCCUGGCACCCUCCAACAUAUUGACGAGUGGCUGCAAAGUCAUCUAUCUCGCCAGAAACCCGAAAGAUGUUUGUGUUUCCAGUUAUUUGUUGUUGAACUCUUACAAAACAGUUGGUAUUGAUGAAAGUUUCGAUAAGUUUUGGAAUUACUUCCAUCAUGGAUUAGUGCCUUGUACGCCAUAUUUCGAACAUGUGAAGGAAGCGUGGGAGGCGAAGGACAAUCCGAACGUGCUGUUUGUGUUUUACGAGAACUAUUCGAAAGAUAUGGAGCUGACGAUACGGACGUUAGCGAGGUUUCUGGGGAAAAAAAUUGCAGACAGCGACGUCCACACUUUAAUAGAACACGUGAAAAUCGACAAUUUCAGAAAAAAUAAAUCCGUCAAUAGUGAUCAUCUCAGGGAAUUGGGUAUAUUAAAAGACACGAAUGACUCCUUUAUUAGGAAAGGGGUGGUUGGAGGGUGGAACGAAUUUUUCCAAGAACACGUCGACGUCGAAGCCGAUAACUGGAUCAACGAAAAUUUGAAGAUGACAAGACUGAAAUUUUCGUAGUAGUUAAUUAGUGGAAGUCAUUUAUUAAAGCAACAACUCAAAUAACAGAAUAAACCAAAUUUACGUAAUCGUGCAGAGGUCUUCGCUGUACGAUAUCUCACAA